CAAAUGAAUUCUUAAAUUCAUCAUCUACUAUAUCCUUAUCGUCAUAUAUGGAUCAUACUCUUCUUGUAUCAACUUUUCUUUUCAUCGUGUAUGUUCCUUCCAUGGCUGUGGCUGUGCAUGGUGCCAAAACAUCACUAUGUAGCCAAACACCCUUUCCCAGUCUCUGUCAUUCCCUCAUAAUCUCAAACAAAACCAACCAAGAAACCACCCCUUUCGUUGUGCACCGUGAUUCGGCCCUUUCAGCCACAAUGGCUGAGGCCCUGCAAGUCCACCAUCUCAUAUCUUCAAUGGACACCAGCUCUUUCGCAGACCGAGCCAAGUCUGCUUGGCCUGAUUGUGUGGAGCUUUACGAAGACAGCAUUCACCAACUAGACUCUUCCAUGUCCUUAACUAACAGCAAGAGGCACAAUAUUAAUGUCCAGACUUGGUUAAGUGCAGCCCUCACGAACCUCGAAACCUGUCAAAAUGGCUUUGCCGAAUUCAAUCUAUACAGUACUUAUUUAAAAUACUUCCCCUCCAACAAUUUCUCAAAAUCUCUUAGUAACUCUCUUGCCAUAAAUAAAGCCGUGUUGGCUUCCCAAACUUCAGGUCUAGCUAGUGAAAAAUCAAAAGGGCGGGGCUUAUUGGACCAUGAUCUGCCCGAGUGGAUAUCAGCAACCAAUCGCAGGCUUCUUCAGACGAAACCACCUUUAGCUGAUCUGGUUGUAGCGCAAGACGGGUCCGGUGAUUUCACUACCAUAUCCGAGGCUGUUGCUGCAGUAAAAACCGGUACGACUAAGAGGUUUGUUAUAUACGUGAAAAAAGGAGUGUACAAAGAGAACGUCGAGAUCAAGAAAAAAGUCAAGAAUUUGAUGCUUGUUGGUGAUGGAAUUGACGCUACAAUUAUUACUGGCAAUAAGAAUAAUGCAGAUGGCUUCACAACCUUUCGUUCAGCAACUUUUGCUGCUAGAGGACAUGGACUGAUUGUUCGGGGCAUGACUUUCGAAAACACGGCCGGACCCCAAAAACACCAAGCUGUUGCCAUGCGGUCUAGCUCAGAUUUAUCGGUUUUUUACAAUUGCAGCUUUAAAGGCUAUCAAGACACUCUCUACGUCCAUUCUAACCGCCAAUUCUACCGCAACUGUGACAUCUACGGGACUGUAGACUUUAUAUUCGGCAAUGCUAUUGCAGUCCUGCAAAAUUGUAAUAUUUAUGUGAGGAGGCCGAUGAGCAGACAGGUGAACACCAUAACCGCGCAACAGAGGACAAAUAUUUAUGAAAACACGGGCAUUGUGUUGCAUAAUUGUUGGAUCACAGCAUCCUCGGAUCUGAGAGUGGUCCAGGGUAUAUACAAGACUUAUCUUGGAAGACCAUGGAAGGCAUAUUCAAGAACAGUUGUUAUAAAAAGUUAUCUAGAGGAUUUAAUUGACCCGUCUGGUUGGCUCCCAUGGAACGGGGAAUUUGGUCUAAAGACGUUGUAUUAUGGCGAAUAUAUGAACAGGGGAAGUGGUGCAGGUACCGCGGGGAGGGUGAAAUGGCCCGGGUAUCAUAUCAUAACCAAUGUCGAAGAGGCUGCAAGAUUUUCAGUUGGGAGUUUCUUGGAUGAUGAAUCAUGGCUUGCAGCUACUGGAGUGCCCUUCACAUCUGGGCUGUGAAUCAAUAAUGUUCUGUUUGUUUAGAUUUAUGUAAUAUGUAUAGCUGGGUAACAGUUUGAAUAAUUGGUAAGCUCAUCUUGUACUCACUUAUCAAUGACCAUGCAUGCCAUAGGAAAAACUUGCAAGAAGAAAAGCAAGAUGGGGUCCUGCACCCAACACUUCAGCAAAUUCUACCUUCUAUUCACUAUGA